AUGCGGGCAGGCGUGGGCAUCCUCCUCACGGGGAAGGUGACAGAAGAGGGAGAAAAGCCUGACUCAUGUGGUGGCUCUAGGGACUCCUGGGAAGCUGAACUCGUGAUGCGCCCGCUGCGCUGCGGCGAAGAACCCCAUUCUAACCCGGGCCCGCUCCAGGCACAUGGCCCGGCAGCCCCCCCCCGCCCCUCCCCCCGGCACUGCAGAGGGCGCCCCUCCCCCCUCCCAGGGGCGCGUGCACGCGCUCACACGCCCCAAGCGCGAAGGGAGCGAGGACACACCUCGCCCGCUCGCGCCCGCGCCCCCCUCUCACUUCGUGCCCCCCCCCACCCCAUACUGGCAGCAUCACGCUGUCCGACCCGGAUUCGCUCCCCGAUCUCGAAGUCCCCGCCCCCGACUCACCCGAACUCGGCGGCGGCGAGUCCCCGAGUCCCCCGAACGCCGCCUCUCCACCAUCCCCCUCCCUCGCCCGGCCCCGCCCCUUCUCCCCGCCAGGCGAGGCUUUAUGUCUGCGGCGCCAGAGCGCCUGCGCAGACGCCAUCUUCCCCAGCUCCCUCCCCCGGCCGCCGCUGCCUCCUCCUCCUCCUCUUCUUACCGCCGGACCGCUCCUCCUCCUCCUGCGCCCGGGUCGGGAGCCCGUCCCUCCUCUUCCAAUGCCGUGAGAGACAGUGGGGGAGACGGCGUAGCCGGGGCAGCCGGAGGAGAGCACUAGUAACAACCCCCCCCCCCCAGCCGCCCCCUCCCCAACCCCCGGGCGCACCCGACACCCUCCCCCUAUCCCGCUCCCUUUCCCCCUCCCCCAGCCGCCCCCACCUCCCGCUUCAUUCAGCGGCGCCCGUCCGUCCGUCUGUCCGUCCGUCCGUGGAUAGCCCCGGCCCCCGUGAAGCCGUCGCCGCGGAGAAGAGCCUCACGCCCCCUGGCUGCUGCCCCGGCUCCGGGAGGAGGACCGAGGACCGUGAGCCGCCGGGCUGCGCCUGCAGCCCUCCGCCGGCCCGGAGGGAGGAAGAUGUUGGGGCUUCCGCGGCUGCCAGUGAUGGAGCGGUCCCUGGGCUCCCACCGCCGCCGCCGCCGCUGCCCCCCGCCCCCGCCCGCCCGGCCGCCGCUGUUCCUGCCGCCGCCGCCGCCGCCCCCCGGCUGGGUGCGAGGAUCUCUGCCUGCCUCCUUCCUCUACCUCCCCCCCACCCCCUCCUCCCCUAGUGAAGCGGACUGUAUAAAAGGGGGUGGAGAGGACCAGAAGGAAAAGUGAAUGGCCGAGGACCGAUAGUGUCCCCCCUUGCCCCCACUCUUGCCUUGCCCACCCUCCUUCAUCCUCCCUGGCUGAGCGCUCCAG